GCGAAUAGGGGGUUGCCAUUUUGACCAUAGCCAAUACCUAAUUUGUUUCCACUGUCUGCAAUACAAUCAUUAUUCAAAACACUAUCACUCGUUGUUACGUUGCAACAUGCCGUCGCUCAUGGACUCGCUCGAAUCCGGAUUGGACUUCAUAGAAUUCCUCGGAGAGAGGAAAUCGACUAUGUCGGAUAGAAAAGAACUUCGUGACAUUUACGAUUUAGAAUUCAAAUUCAGGGAAGGAAUGAAAGACCCCCACUUUUCCAACGUUCUAUAUGCCCUGCUGAAAUUCAACAAAGUCCGCAUACGACAGGGGAAAUUAUACUUUAAUGUCAAACCCCAGGUCCGAGUGUACUACUGUGACCAGUGGAGGAGACCUUCAGUACGUCAACAACAGGAAAAUAUCACACCUCAGGAAAAUGGAGAAGCCCCAGAGCCUUUCUCUCCUUUCACAUCCUCUUCCGCUACCCCUGUCGACACUGUGUUGACACCCAAGAAGAGGCUCGCUAAAGAAAUCCUCCAAAGCCUAAAGGUGAACAGGGCAGAGUUGACCUCUGACAAGGGCGGCAUUGAGAUCACUUCAGAUCCUGAGAUGACCAAUGGUAAAGUCACGUUCAGCGUGGAUCGCCUGCAGGAAACGUUUGCAGUCAAGUUCUAUAUUUCUAACAACGGAGCGAGCUGUGUGUAUUUUACCUAUUACACAGCUCUGCACAGGAUCUGCUGUUUUACACUGAUGGACGAGAGAAGAGUGACUCGGGCCUGUCCGCUCUUCCUAUGUCCAGGGGAAAGCUAUGAUGUAGAGGUUCACUAUUGGCUGCAUCAUUAUGGCCAUUUCCCUGCCACCAUGUACUUUGAGUUCUGCACGGAGUCAAACCCUCCAGGCUCCUCUAAACCCUUCUGCAUAGUGAGGGAGAUGGAGGCAUCAGCCAGGACUCACUUAGCUGUGGAGCUGGGGCCUUUCGCUCCCUUCAAGCCUUGUCAAGUGGCGCCAUACAAGCCUGUGGACACGGUGAUAGUUGAGGGAGAGCCCCCUGAAAGAUCUGUUGUCCAGCCUCUGAAAAUGCUAGUGAAACUCAGAGACUAUAAGUAUCCCUUUUAUCUGAAGGACCUGGCUAAACAGAGACUGGAGGACUCUGAGUACCUCUCACCUACAGCCAGACAGAAGCUCUCAUUGGUGAGAAACCUCCUUAAAUGCCCCCUGAAGAUGAGGAACUACCACCAUCGCUUCCACCUCCUGCUGCACCUGGAGGAGAUCCAGAUGGAGGUGGACAUCAAGAAAUAUGACCUCCAUCACCAAACCAUGACUCAGGACAGGGACAACAGAAGACUCCUGGUUCUACAAGUCCCGGGUGUGGCAGAGAAUAGGCCGUCUGUCCUUAGGGGAGACUGCCUGAAAGUGGCCAAGUCUGAGGACAAGGUCCAACCCAUCACAGUGUAUACAGGCUACGUUCAUAGAGUGGAGCUAGAAAGAGUCAAGCUGGGCUUCUCAAAGAGGCUGGUGCAGAGCUUCAUCAGUAACACAAGGUUUGACGUGGAGUUCACCAUCAACCGUUUCCCCUUGAAGCUGCAGCACCGGGCGGUGGACCUGGCAGAGAAGCACCAGAUGGACGAGGUGCUCUUCCCAUCGGGGUCUGGAGUCCAGACUACCCACAUGCCCAAACUCAGCAUUUUUAAUCGUCAGCUGGAGAACAACCCAGAACAACAUGCAGCCAUCCAGCGCAUCGUGUCUGGGGCCUCCAAGCCUGCUCCUUACCUGGUGUUUGGACCUCCAGGAACCGGCAAGACUAUCACUCUAGUUGAAGCCAUGAACCAGCUGAACAGACUGGAUCCUCUGUGCCACAUUCUGGCAUGUGCCCCAUCUAACAGUGCAUCAGACCUGUUGUGUGAGAGGCUGCUGGGUCACAUGGACCCUCACUGUGUCUACCGUCUCUAUGCCAGCAGCAGACCCCUCAGCACGGUGCCCCAAAACCUCCUGAAACAUUGUAACUGGGAUGCGAGCCAGGACAGCUUUGUGUUUCCCACAAAGGAGGUUUUGUUGGACUACAAGGUCAUCAUCACCACACUGGUGACAGCAGGACGGCUUGUGUCCGGCGGCAUCCCAGUCGGUCACUUCACCCAUGUGUUCAUAGAUGAGUCGGGUCAAGCAGUGGAGCCAGAGAGCAUCAUUGGGAUCGCAGGCCUGCUCCAUCCAGAGGAGGGCCAGCUGGUAUUGGCUGGAGACCCUCAGCAGCUAGGACCCAUCUUACGAUCCCCCCUGGCCAUGCAGUAUGGAAUGGGGAUUUCUUUGCUAGAGAGACUGAUGAAAGACAACCCACUGUAUCAGAAGGAUGGAGAAUUUGGACACUUUGACAGUCGCUUUGUGACCAAGCUCCUUCGCAACUACAGGUCCCACCCUGCUAUUCUGAAGAUUCCCAAUGAGCUCUUCUAUGAGAAGGAGCUGCAGGUGUUUGCAGACCAGUGGGAUCGUGAAACCUACUGCAACUGGGAGCAUCUGCCCAAGGAGGGGUUCCCACUGAUAUUCCAUGGAGUGUUGGGAAAGGAUGAGAGAGAAGGCAACAGUCCGUCCUUCUUCAACCUGUCAGAGAUUGAGGUCCUGGUGGACUACCUCACCAAGUUGAUGAAGACCCAGGGCAAGAAGGGCAUGCCCAAACUGUCCCCUAAAGACAUUGGCAUCAUCGCUCCCUAUAGGAAACAGGUUGAAAAAAUCCAAAAAGCUCUGAAUUUUGUCAAAGAGUUGAGUCAAUGGAAGGACAUCAAGGAGCUCAAGGUGGGUUCAGUGGAGGAGUUCCAGGGACAGGAGAGAAAGAUCAUCAUGGUCUCUACCGUCCGCAGCAGCAUCAACUACGUCAAGAUGGACCAAGACUUUAACAUUGGCUUCCUCACUAACGAGAAGAGGUUCAAUGUGGCCAUGACCAGAGCCAAGGCCCUGCUGAUAGUGGUGGGAAACCCUGUUAUCCUCAACAAGGACCCAACUUGGGAGCGGUUUAUCAGCUAUUGUGUGGAGGAGCAGGGGUACACUGGCUUCGACUUCACUGACGCUGAAGGAGAAGAAGAUGUAGUAACACGACUGGCUUCCCUUAAAAUCACGGUGGAGUCUUCCACAGGUCUGGCAGGGGAGAGUGACCUCUAGCAGUAUGUCCAUCCAGAGUGGAGGACUGAGCAGUAGCCCUCUGGACACCAGCAAAGCUGGGCAGGAGCUAGGGCUGUGGCGGUCAUGACAUUUUGUCAGCCGGUCUCAUGGUAAUUGACAGUUAAUUAACAUAAACAUGUUUAGCGUCUCCAGGCCUCCACGCAUUUAAGCCGCUGAUGCACGCCUUUAGAACAUCUACAUUUAAAAAAAGUCAAAUAAAUCCAUUUUAAUAUACACAAUCACAAUAAAUCCAUUAUUUAUUUUAGGCAGGUCUAAAGAAACAUGAUAUGAAGAUAAUUUGUUGUCAGAAGAAC